AUGGCUACACCCAUCAAAGAAACUGGCAACGCUGUAGCCCCCUCCGACCUCCUACACCACCCGUAUAUGCGAGCAGCCCUACCAUUUAUAAAUGGGGGUCUAGCAGGCAUGACAGCGACAGCAGUCAUCCAGCCAGUAGACAUGGUCAAAGUCCGUCUCCAGCUAGCAGGCGAAGGCGCAAAGACAGGACCCCGUCCCUCCGCAAUAGGAAUCACUCGCGACAUCAUCGCUACCGGCAAAUUCCUAGAUCUAUACACCGGUCUCUCGGCAGGAAUCUUACGCCAAGCAGUCUAUACCACAGCCCGUCUCGGCUUCUUCGACACCUUCAUCACAACCCUGAACAACCGUGCAAAAGCCGCGAAUCGCUCUGUUACUUUCGGCGAGCGCGCGCUCGCCGGUCUCUCAGCUGGUGGUAUUGCUGCUAUGAUCGGUAACCCGGCUGAUCUGGCCCUGGUGCGCAUGCAGGCUGACGGACUCAAGGCGCCCGACGUACGGGCGAAUUACCGGUCGGUCUUCGAUGCAUUGGGACGGAUCGCGCGUGCGGAGGGCGUCACGUCGCUAUGGGCUGGUGCGCUACCGACUGUUAUCCGGGCCAUGGCACUGAAUAUGGGACAGCUGACUUUCUUCGCUGAGGCUAAGACUCAGCUGAAGUCGCAUACGAGCUUGUCGACUCAGAAUCAGACGUUUGCGGCGUCAGCUAUUGCUGGUUUCUUUGCUAGUUUCUUGUCGUUGCCUUUUGACUUUAUCAAGACUAGGCUGCAGAAGCAGCAAAAGGAUCCAAAGACUGGGAUAUUGCCUUAUCGGGGUGUAUUGGAUUGUGCGAGGAAGGUUGUUGCUGAGGAGGGUUGGUUGCGCUUUUACCGAGGCUUCGGUACCUAUUAUGUGCGGAUCGCGCCUCAUGCGUUAGUUUCUCCACCUUUUUUUGAACCCUUGAUUUGA